CACAGCCUCAAUCCCCCCUUUAUCUGGACCUUUGCAAUUGUGUCCAACUGAGAGAUUGUGUUACUGCUUUACUGUCAUUCACCAAACUACACAGUGCACGCAUUACAAGAGAAGAAGCUUUUCAAUGGGAAAUUACAAAUCAAGACCGUCUCAGACGUGUACAGACGAGUGGAAGAAGAAGGUGGGCGAGUCGUACUCUGUCAUCGUUGAGAAGUUGGAAGACGACCUUAAGCUCAAAGACAGUGAGCUCGCGGACCUCAAACUUGCUUUUGGCUCCGAUGAGGCCUUUCAGAAGGUGAAUGUAAGCUACCGCACAGAGAAGGGGCUGUCGCUGCUGCAUCUCUGCUGCGUGUGUGGAGGGAGCAAGGCCCAUAUCCGCACCCUGAUGCUCAAAGGCAUGCGUCCUUCCAGACUGUCCAGGAACGGGUUCACCGCGCUGCACCUGGCAGCUUACAAGGACAACGCUGAGCUGUUGACUGCUCUUCUCCACGGAGGGUCAGAUGUGCAGCAGCUGGGGUACGGCGCCCUCACUGCCCUGCACGUCGCUACAUUGGCUGGACACCAUGAGGCAGCAGAUAUUCUCCUACAGCACGGGGCUUAUGUGAACGUCCAAGACGCUGUGUUUUUCACUCCACUGCAUAUUGCUUGCUACAAUGGCCACGAGCAGGUUGCAAAGCUGCUGCUGAAGUUUGGGGCAGAUGUGGAUGUGAGUGGUGAGGUGGGGGACCGGCCACUGCACCUGGCUGCAGCCAAGGGUUUCCUCAGCAUCAUCAAACUGCUGAUGGGGGAAGGGAGCAAAGCCAAUGUUAACGCUCAGGACAACGAAGAUCACAUCCCUCUUCACUUCUGCGCUCGUUUUGGUCACCACGAGAUUGUGAGCUUCCUUCUGCAGGGCAACAUCGAUGUGCAGCCUCACUCUGUCAACAUCUACGGGGACACGCCAUUACACCUGGCAUGCUACAAUGGCAAGUUUGCAGCGGUGAAGGAGAUUAUACAACAUUCUGGAACAGAAAGUCUUUCAAAGGAGAACAUAUUCAGUGAGACGGUACUUCACAGUGCGUGCACCUACGGUAAAGACCUGGAAAUGAUCAAGUUCUUGCUGGGUCAGAACGCUAUGAGCAUCAACCAUCAGGGCCGAGACGGACACACAGCCCUGCACAGCGCCUGUUUCCACGGCCAUAUCCGCCUGGUACAGUUCCUGUUGGACAGCGGCGCAGACAUGAACCUGGUGGCCUGUGACCCGAGCAGGUCCAGCGGGGAGAAGGACGAGCAGACCUGCCUGAUGUGGGCGUAUGAAAAAGGUCACGAUGCCAUCGUCACCUUACUGAAACACUACACACGUCCUGAUGACUCCCCCUGCAAUGAGUAUUCCCAACCAGGAGGGGAUGGCUCCUACGUUUCUGUUCCGUCUCCGCUGGGAAAGAUCAAGAGCAUGACUAAAGAGAAAGCAGAGGUUCUGCUGCUCAGAGCCAGUCUUCCAUCUCACUUCCACCUGCAGCUGUCUGAGCUGGAGUUCAAGGAAAUUAUCGGAUCAGGCUCCUUCGGGAGAGUCUACAGAGGCAAAUGUCGAAACAAAAUUGUGGCCAUAAAACGCUAUCGAGCCAACACGUGCUGCUCCAAGUCAGACGUGGACAUGUUCUGCAGAGAGGUCUCCAUCCUCUGUCGCCUCAACCACCCCUGUAUCAUCCAUUUUGUGGGGGCGUGUCUGGACGACCCCAGCCAGUUCGCCAUCGUCACUCAGUACAUCUCUGGAGGCUCACUGUUCUCCCUGCUGCACGAGCAGAAGAGGCUCAUCGACCUGCAGUCCAAGCUCAUCAUUGCCAUCGACGUGGCCAAGGGCAUGGAGUACCUGCACAACCUCACCCAGCCCAUCAUUCACCGGGACCUCAACAGCCACAAUAUACUGCUUUAUGAGGAUGGACACGCGGUUGUGGCGGACUUCGGAGAAUCCAGAUUCCUACAAUCUGUAAAAGAGGAUAAUAUGACCAAGCAGCCGGGGAACCUGCGAUGGAUGGCUCCAGAGGUGUUCACCCAGUGUACCCGCUACUCAGUGAAGGCGGACAUGUUCAGCUACGCCCUCUGUCUGUGGGAGCUGCUCACUGGAGAAAUUCCCUUUGCCCACUUGAAACCUGCCGCCGCAGCAGCAGACAUGGCCUACCAUCACAUCCGGCCUCCCAUUGGCUACUCCAUCCCCAAACCCAUCUCUGCUCUUCUGAUGAGAGGCUGGAACGCAAGCCCAGAGGAUGCAGAUAGACGAGCUGCUGUGUGGGGAUGUGAUGUAUAAUUGAAGAGCUCUGGGCUGGAGACAGCGUUUGUUCUUUUACAGUGAGGCAGGAGAUCUGAGGGCUGCUUUUGAAGCAGAGUUCACCUUUGCUUCAUGUGUGGGUGGACUAAAAUGAGCCGAAUACACAGGAAAGUGAGAAUACACCUGUGUGCGUGUCUGAUUUGGGUCAAACCUCUUUCAUCUGAUUUUACAAACAAAUGACCAGGUUUGCCCUCAGGAACUCACCGACAGUUUUCUCCUGAGCCUCCGUUGAAUGGCGGAAUUAUUUGAGUUAUAAUGCCUUUAUAGAAUAAUCACUGGCUGUAAUUCAUAACCUGCAGAGGCUUUGGUUUAUGAUGUUCUAUUUUAUCAGUGAUAUUACUUUUUAUUUCUCCAUCAGUGCUCUGCUACUGUGUGAUCUUCAAAUAGCUUUUGUUUCGUGUUGUUUGCCUUCAAUGUAACAUUUUUUUAAACUUGUGAAGCACCUUGUAACUGUGUUUUGAAAGUGUAUUAAUAUUAGUUAUCUUUCAGUUCCACAGUUUCUUGCAUAAGUAUGACAUUAUAUAUGAAAUAUGAAUGAGUUCAAUAAUAUGAGAUAAUCUACACACAAUGUAUGCCCAUCUUUUUCUUGAAAAUGUACUUCUGUUACAGUAUUUGUCUAUUUCUUUGGGCAUGUGUGUGUUUUUUGUCUAGUUUUAAUUUGACAAGACAAUGGUGAUAUAUACAUGCUUUUUAAUUAUUUUAGCUGGUGCAUGUAUGAGAAUCAUUACUGAUGGUUCUCAUAUACAACAAUUUCAUGUGACAAAAAUCUAUAAAUAGUUGAUCGCAAACACAU